UUUUUUUUCACAUAUCUAUUUAAAAUGACUCUAUUAUCUGUGUCUCCUAUUAAUUCAUGUCUUGUACAAGCUUCUCAUAAAAGAAAAAGGAUACAUGGAUUACAUGUUCGCUUUUGUACGCAGCCCCAAGACAUUAUAUACACUUAUUCUCAAACAGAUUAUGACAGGAGCGGGCUAUAUUCAAAUAUUGAUGAACAAGACAGGAAGGAAAAGUUUACUCGAGCAAUCUCUAUUUUUUGUGAACAAGAAAUUCUUUUCCAAAUGAUGACCAGUCAAAAACAGCAGCCAAUAAUAAAGAAUAUAAAAAAGUCGAAUAAAAUCAGGCCUAACUUGGUUAUAAAUACAAAUAAUCUACAAGAUCCUCUUUAUUUUACAAACUUGACAACUGAUUAUCAGAAGCAUACACAGUCAUAUUAUCGUUCAAAAGUUAAUGAUUUAGAAGAAGAGAUAGGUGUGAUAACAAGAUAAAAAUAACCUUUCAACUGAUUUAUAUUUAAAAAAAAAGGUUAUUCUGUCCAUUGUAAAUAACUAAAUGUGCUCGAUUUUCUUUAGCUAUUUUUUCAUAUAUGUAUUGACUUCUUUUAUAUGUAUAACAAAG